AUGUAUGUUAAUAAUGUGCAGGAUCUCAACAUAUGCAAGAGAGAAAUUACAAUUAUGAAGGAGUUAUCUGGGCACAAGAAUAUUGUGAGCUACUUGGAUUGUGCUGUUAACUCUGUGAGUGACAACGUCUGGGAGGUUCUCAUUCUCAUGGAGUACUGUCGAGCUGGGCAAGUUGUGAACCAGAUGAAUCAGCGACUGCAGACAGGCUUUACUGAGUCAGAAGUAAUGAGAAUAUUUUGUGAUACCUGUGAAGCUGUUGCCCGGUUGCAUCAGUGCAAAACACCUAUAGUUCACCGGGAUCUAAAGGUGGAGAAUGUAUUGUUAAACGAUAGCGGGAACUAUGUUCUCUGUGAUUUUGGCAGUGCCACUAACAAGUAUCUUAAUCCUCAAAAAGAUGGUGUAAAUGUGGUUGAAGAAGAAAUUAAAAAGUAUACCACACUGUCAUACCGAGCUCCUGAAAUGGUCAAUCUUUAUGGAGGAAAACCAAUUACUACCAAGGCAGAUAUCUGGGCACUGGGCUGUGUGCUGUAUAAACUUUGUUUCUUUUCACUUCCCUUUGGAGAAAGUCAAGUUGCUAUUUGUGGUGGAAGCUUUACCAUUCCAGAUAAUUCCCGGUACUCCCAUAGCAUACACUGUUUGAUAAGAUAUAUGCUUGAACCAGACCAAGAACAGAGACCUGAUAUCUUUCAAGUGUCUUACUUUGCCUUUAAACUUGCCGAAAAGGAUUGUCCAGUGUCUAAUAUUCAUAAUUCUCCCGUCCCUUCAGCUCUUCCUGAACCCAUGACAGCUAGCGAGGCAGCUGCUAGAAAAAGCCAAAUAAAAGCAAGAAUAACAGACACUGUUGGACCAACAGAAACCUCAAUUGCACCACGACAAAGACCAAAGGCCAAUUCAAGCACUGCUGUGUCUGGGGUGCUGACAAUCCAGAGCUCAGCAACUCCAGUCAAAGUACAAGUUCCUGGGGAAUUUGGUAAUCGUGGACAAAAAGGAGCCACGCGAGCAGGGAACGGGCAAGAGGUGCUGCAGUCGGCAGGGAGCAGCCAGCACCCCCCGCAGCAGAACAGGGUACUGCAGCAGAACAGGGUACUGCAGCAGCUGCAGCAGGGCGACUGGAGGCUGCAGCAGCUGCACCAUCUGCAGCCCCACCAGCAGCAGCCUGCCAGCCAGGACACCUACAUGCAGCAGUACCAACAAGCAAUGCAGCAGCAGAUGAUCCAGCAGCAGCUGUUGAUGCAGGCUGUAUACCAGCAGCAACCUUCCCAAUCCCAGUAUCCUGCUAUGGUGCAGCAGUACCAUCAGGCUCUCCUCCAGCAGCAGAUGCUUGCUCAGCAGCAGCAGCAGCGGUCGCAACAGGCACAGUCUCCUGAAUAUAUCACUUCUCCACAAGACUUCCCACCAGCCUUAAUCUCCUACCCUGGGUCACUUCCAGUGCAUGCUGGAACAGUAGCAGAUUCUUCCUACCCUGCAAGCCGGUCAGGUAUUCCUGAUGCUGAAGCAGUUGCCAGUUACCCAAAGCAGAGCAUCAAUAACCCACCUGAUAUGUCAGGCUGGAACCCAUUUGGAGAGGACAAUUUUUCCAAGAUGACAGAGGAGGAGCUGCUGGACAGAGAGUUUGACCUGCUAAGAUCAAACAGGCUGGUGGACAGGAGAGCAUCUUCAGAUAAGAACGUGGAGCCACAUUCUGCUCCACAGAAAAAUCCUCCUGAAGAUCCCUUUGGUUCUGUUCCUUUCAUUUCUCACCCAGGUUCUCCUGGAAAACAAGUGGAUAACUCAUCCAGCAAUCAAGGAAAUAACUUAGGGACCCAAACCAAAGCUGGAAAGCUGAGCCAUGCUUUUAGAGAUCCCCGGCCCGGGAGGAAAACUGCAGAAGGACAAAUGAUGAAGGGUGCUGAUGAGUCAGAGAGUGAUUUUGAAUCUGAUCCUCCUUCUCCCAAGAGCAGUGAGGAAGAAGAAGAACAGGAGGAUGAAGAAGUCUUGCAAGGAGAGAAUGGAGACUUCAACGAUGACAAUGAUACAGAACCAGAGAAUUUUGGCCACCGACCUCUCCUCAUGGACUCUGAGGAAGAGGUGGAGGAAGAGGAGGAGGAGAAGCAAAGUUCUGACUCUGAUUCUGAUCGUACCAAGCAGAACUCUGUGGAAGGUCUCCUGAGCAGUAGGUUCAGGGAUGGUGUGGGAAGCAGUGACAUCAGUGAACCCAGCUCAAUGCAUACAUCCUUGCCUGAGGUGCCAAGUACUGUAAUCAAGGUGAACCCUGGCCAAGAAUUCGAUGUGUUUGGGGCAGUGCCCUUUUCUACUCUGCAGCCUCAGCCCAGAGAGAAGGUGGACAAAGAUGUCUCUUCUCAGACGGCUUUUCCCAGCCUGCAGCAGGAGCAGGAUGACUUUGAUGUUUUCACAAAAGCCCCCUUCAGCAAGAAGGUGCCUCAGCAAGAUGGCCAGGUGGCAGGAACGGAGCCUCUGCUCUCCCCCACCUCCCCGCGGAGCGUCGAUAUCUUUGGCUGCACCCCCUUCCAGCCUGCCCUCCUCCCCAAGGGUGCUGGGAGCAGAGAGGACCCCUUUGGGCUGGUUCCUUUUGAGGACAUCACCGGGAGCCAGCAGCAGAAGGUGAAGCAGCAGCGUAACCUGCAGAAACUUUCCUCCCGCCAGAGGCGCAUGAAGCAGGAGGCCUCCAAGAGCAACGGGAAGAGGCACCACGGCACCCCCACCACCACCAAGAAGGCCUCCAAGCCGAGCUACCGCACCCCGGAGCGAACCCGCCGGCACAAGAAGGCAGGUCGCAGGGACUCCCAGAGCAGCAACGAGUUCCUGACCAUCUCAGACUCCAAAGAGAACAUCAGCCUUGCCUUGACGGAAAGCAAAGACCGACCCAACCCUCUGCAAACCGAUGAGAGCCUCUUGGAUCCUUUCGGAGCCAAACCUUUCCACCCGCCGGAUUUGAUGCGGCACCCCCAGCACCAGGGGCUGGGGGAGGCUGGGAGGGCCCGGCAGAGCUCCUUGCACGGGGCCCUUCAUGGUGGGGAGGGGCUGAAAACAGAUGACUUUGGUGCAGUGCCCUUCACGGAACUGGUGGUGCAGAGCGUGCAGGGCCAGCAGCAACAGGCACUGGAGUUAGAUCCCUUUGGAGCAGCUCCCUUCCCUUCUAAACAGUAA